AUGAUAAAAAAAUUUCUUCAAAAUAAGAGCAAGGUGGGGUUAAAAGUGUGCAGGAAGAAACAAACAAGUUUUCUCCGUUACAUAAAUGGCCAUAAACAGAAUGGUCCUACAGUGGAGGACCCCCCCGAACUGAGUCCCCAAUCGAGUCACCCCAGUUCGAUCGCAGGGAACCAACCCUUCUAUCCAAUAGAUGUCCUUAAAAGUGCAGACAAAUUUGACUCGGGCAGCCCUGGGAAGGCAAGCGUCGGCAGUAGCCCAAGCGGUUCAAUCGGCCCAAGUGGCCAAAGCGGCCCAAGUGACCCAAGCGGCCCAAACGGAAGUAGUAACAGCCGCGCACGAACGGACCCCGUCCAGCUGCAGUACCUGUCGCUCAUCGCCUCCAUCUACCCAGCGGCAGCCAAGUCGAAGAAAAUCAGGCACCCAGAAAUCUUCUACAGAAUAUGCUGCUGCACAUUAUGUGGCAUAUCAGGAGGAUUCGUAAAUAUUUUUUCUGAACAAAUCAUAGGAAUUUUUUCAAAAGAAAAUAUUCAUAUGUUUUCACAUCCAUUUGCAUACGUACUCAUGAUGCUCACUCUCUUCUGCUUAUGCAAUCAGCUUUUAUUUCUAAAUAUUUCAUUGUCUAAAUUUAGCGUCACUUCCGUUAUUCCCCUCAUCAUGUCCAAUAUCGUUUUCUUUAGUAGCCUCACAACUAUAAUAAUGCAGGAGGAAGAAUCCGUGAUUCAGUGCACAAACGCUGUGUGCUUUUCCCUUGGCGUCCUGCUUGUCAUUAUCGGCAUACUAUACCUACAGUAUAAUAUAAACCGAGUUCUUUUGCGCUGCUUCAAGCCGAAAAAAGGAUGA